UGAUAAGGACCAUGUGGGAAGCGCAUACGGGACCUGCCUUGUAGGUGACGGGUUAGUAAGGCUCGAAGAUCAUACCGACUUCGUAUCAACAAUGCUCAAGUCUUGGAGCUCGAGGCAGGGCAAGAGCACAGGAGACUGGAGUUGCCGUCUUCAAACAUUCAUCCGGUGUGCCGGUCAUUCGUCACAGGUAGGUUUGAGAGACCGAGAAACAACAGGGAAGUCGCGGUAACGAACACAUUUCCUCUUUCCGAACACGUCCUAUGCAACUACGCUUCUUGAGAGCUUUUACUGCCUACACACGUUCUGUUCUGUCACAUUCACAAAGACACUCCUACCAGCACACAUACCGCAGUAUGGACAUUUCAUCCGACAUCACCAAGUGUGAGACGUACAAGAUCCUCUCGUCAUAUCUGGCCAGUCCCGAUAAGACGGCCGACACUUUGGACAAAUUUACAGCUCAAGCCGAAUCGUCGCUCUCGGACGACAAGCUUGAGACAAAUCUACGCGCUUCAUGGAAUAGCAUCCUGCACCUCGCUUCUCAACAGUCAUACUCGUCAGAAAAGCAGGACUCUCUUGUCAAGCUACUUCAAGCCCUGAUCACGCAGGCUCCCGCGCCUGAAGACAGCAAAGGAAAGGAAGUCGAGGUCGAUGGAACUAAGGUCUGGCAAGGUCUCCCACUUUUUGGCCAGCAAGUGCGCGAAUGUUGGAACUUCCCAGACGACAAAGAGGUGGACACACAGACCAGAGACACAUGGAUCAACGUCAAUGCCUUUGUUGCUCGCUUGACUGCUGCUGCCGUCAACGAGCACGGUGGUGAAAGACCUGGCUACAAUGCUCUCGACUUUUCUCUGUACGGCAUCUGGAGCUUGAGAAGUGCUUUUGAAGAGGAACUGUCAAAUCUGCCUGGCAAGACGACAGUUGAUGCUUCGCUUGGUGCUGCGGCGGUAUGGAUACUCUAUGCUGGUCCGACGCUGAAGGGUCUCUCGGACAGCGAAAAGAGCUUCAGUGGAAAAGUCGCAAAGCCUGGUUUCAACUGCAAAGACAAGGAGUGGAGAGGUUUCGCCAAGGAGAGAUGGCAGCUUUGGGUAAAAGAGCUCGCUCAGGCAGAAGAUAAGGUACAAGAUGGGGGCAUCAAGGACCUUGUCAAAAAGGCUGCCGGAGCUAUGGAGCAAUGAAAGUUGAAAACUUGUGGCUGAACAUGCCCCUCAACACCAUUGCAAGGAACAAAUUUCGUACAAAGUAGCCUAGAACAAUGGCAAAGAUCCGCUUACCUC